AUGGAGGCUACCGCCAUAGAUGCUUCCUUACCUGCUGAAGUUGGUCAACAAUUUAAAAGAGCCCAGAAAAAGAUUGCAGAUCUUCUGGAGGACAUUGGUCGACUCUCAGACGAGCUGCAGAGAAAGGACUCACUCCUGGCCACUUUCAAAUCUCGGCUCCCGGCGUUGUCCAGCUGGUUGGAGGGAACACAGACUGGCAAGCUGCCACACCAUAGCACUGCAGCUGCACUGAGUGACACUGUCGUCUGGGAGCCUUCCUCCUCCACCUGUCAGCGGCCCCCCAGCUCUACUCCCAACAAAGGGACCCCCUGGUCUGAGGUAGUGGUCCGCAGCUGGAAGAAGGCUUCUGCCAGGGCUCCGUGCGGGGUUUCCUCCUCCAUUGACGCCCCCUCUCAAACAAAUAUUCUGCUCUGUCCAUGACUUUGGAGCCACUGGGCCAGGGCCCUGCUGAUCACGAGGCCUCCCUGAGGGAUGCUGCGCCCCCGCUUACAGACACCACAGCCUUCCCUCCACUCAUGGCUGCACCGUGCCAUCCAGCGCCGUGCCGUCCAGCGCCAUGCCACUCGCCUCCAUCCCCCCGUCCCUCAGCUCAGCGGAGGCAGCUCCUCAAGGAUGCGGUGCAGUGGCACACUGGACGUCCUCAUCCCCAGGCACCUGAUGGGGAGGACGGGUCCACUGAGCCAGCCGCCCCCCUCAGGCAACAGGCAAUGACACUAGUCAUUGGGGACUCCACCAUCCGGAACGUCCGUCUGAGGGGAGCGUUCACCCUGUCCUUUCCCAGCACCACUGUUGCAGACAUCACUGAGAAAAUCCCAAGUGCCCUGAAUUCACAUCCACAGGUAAACAGGGUCCUCAUACAUGUGGACACUAAUGACACCUCCAGACAAGCUUUUAAAGCGUGA